AUGGCUACAGACGAGUCUCACGCAGCAACAGCAACAGCAACUGCAACUGCAACAGCAGCCAAGAGCCCAUUCUACCUGAAGAACGCCCUAUUGUCGAUGCUGUCGCUCUACGUCGCCCACCAAAUCGGCGGCUACCUCUUGAGCCGAGAAGAUCCGAUUGUCUGCUCUGUGCACGUGAACGACCACUCGUGGGUGGGCGAGAGGCGCUACGAGUCGCUGCGGUUCUUCGACCCGAAGAAGACGCACCACGAGACCCAAUACGUUGCCAUGCGGGACGGCACGGACUUGGCGGUCGACACGUACUUAGCAGAGUACCUCCACGCGACUCAGCAGCAAGUGCCGACAGUGCUCUUCUUUACCCGUCACGGUCGGGGCUACACGCUCGACUUGCCCUUUGCUCUCUUUGCACAGUAUGAACGCAAGUUCACGAACCCCCGCGUGAAUGCCUAUAUCCAGCGCCUGGUCACCAAUGGGUACGCGUGGGUGGCUGUCGACGUCCGGGGUACAGGGGCUUCAGCAGGCACGAAGGCGUAUGACUUUGCCGACAGUGAGGUUCGAGAUGCUUACGAUGUGAUUGAGUGGGUCACGCAGCAAGUUUGGAGCAAUGGAGACGUUGCAGUCUUCGGACAGGGACUGGAUGGAGUUGGCGCUCUGUUGGCGGCAGCGAGUGGUCAUAAGGCACUGAAAGCUGUGUCGGUGAAUAGUGCACCGAUUGACGUGUUUCAGGACGUGUUGUUCCCGGGAGGUGUGAAGAACGUCAAGGCAUUGCGUGACUGGGCGUCGUUCACGAGCGCAACCGAUCGGCAGGUCCGGUGGGACGCGAUCCCGACGCUCAAACCGAGACUGAUGCUCAAACACUUUGGAGGGAACGUCUACCGCGUGGAUGACGACGAAGCGAAGUUUGACACGUACAUUGAUCAGCACAUGGCAAAUUUGAAUCUAGAUGCGGAGCUCAUGGACGUGCAGUUUCGAGACGAUAAGUUUGCGUCGAGCAAUGUCACGACGGAGCAGUUGGACGCGAUUCGUCAUCUUGGCGCCAUUGCAGCUUCAGGCGUCGCGCUACAGAUGUCGGCUGGGUUCUUUGAGAUGGGCGUGGCACGCUCUAGUAUCUUGCUGUUCAAGUACUUGACGAAUACACUGGACGAGGACACAUCGUCGCUGCUGCCCGUGCUGCCGAACGAAGCGGUACAGGCCGUGGAAAAGGACGCUACGCACUAUCGGCUGACGUUGGGACCGUGGAGUCACGGCGGUGUUGACAACGCAGACCCGUUUGCGUUGUCGAAACAAAAGUGCUUUUACCACCUGGACGAAGUGAGUCGCUUCUUCGAUCACCACAUGUACGCUAACCGCCGCACGAUCACGAAACUUGACACAGAGCUACCUGUGCACUACUUUACCAUGGCGCACAACCGCUGGAAAGAGUCGAGCACGUGGCCACCGACUCAUGUAGUGGACAUGACGUUCUACCUUGGUGCUAGCCGGGAGUUUCAGUCCGAGCCUGAGACCGAGACGAGCCAUGUGACUCGCAACGUGUCGACGAAGCCAAUGCUGGAAGACGUGUCGCGCUGGAGCAUGCUCGAUCAUUUGUUCGGCCUGCGCCCCAUGUACUACACUGAUCGCACGUCACUGGCUGACCAGUACGUGACGUUCCUGACCCCAGAGCUACCGCUGACCGAAGUCACGGGCGAAGCAGAGCUGCGUCUUUUUUUCUCGGUCAACCAGUCUGCUGUCAACCUCGUGGCUUACCUUGAAGACGUCGAUCUCACCGCUCCGUUUCCGAACGAGAACAAACGCUCUGGUGUCACGUACAUCACAGAGGCGCUGUUGAAUCCGAUGCACAACACGAUCCGUCCGGAUGCAAAUGUGCACUCGUUCAAGCGUGCCGACUCGCGUGAAAUCGUGCCUGGACAAGUGUACGAAGCCUGUUUUCGCUUUCAGCCGACGUCGUACGUCGUCAAGCGGAACCACCAGAUCCGUGUUGCUGUGGGCGUUGCCAGCCCACCAGACUUUGACUCGAUCAACGGGCAGGAAGCCACAACGCUCACGAUCCACUUUGGAGGUGCCUAUCCGACGAAGCUCACGUUGCCGUCUUACGCAGGUGUGUACGAAGCGAACAUUGUGCCGCGUGUGGAGAUUGAGGAAGAAGAGCUGGAAUCGGCUUCGACUGAGGAAUCCGAAAAGCUCUCAAAAGAAGAGGUUGUGGACAAUCUGUCUGAUGGGUCCGAUGCGAGGGAUGAGCUGUAG